AUGACAUCAAUAUCUACUCAAUUUCAACUCAAUGAUCAACAGCCAGUUGUAGCCAACUUACUCACACAAUUUACUCUAGACGAUUUUAAGAGAGUGGCUGAUAAUAUUUAUAAUAAUACAAGUUUUCUUUAUUCUUUUGUAUGUAAUGGAAAAGAAUUUGAUUUAAAUAAUGAAGACGAAUUCAAUAAAUAUAAAGUAUUAAUCACCUCUGGAACAACAAUUUUUACAAUAGAACAUAUGAAAGCAUGUUUUUUACCAGAUACACUCGUUCAGUGUGUUGAUCGAAGUGAAAUACGUAUUAGUGAUGUUCAAUUAGGUGAUGUUUUACUAGCAUUUACUACUUUUGGUGAUAUUGUUACAACAGUUGUUGAAGACUUGUUUAAGCAUGAAGUCGAUGA